AUGAUCUUCAGAAAUUUGAAAAGUCCAUUACUUUCUAAAACCUUCAGGUCUCAAAUACCCAGCUUUGGAGUAUUGAAUCAUGAAAAGUUUCAAAAGAAAGUGGAGGGAAAAGGCAAAGUUUCCAAAUUCCUUUAUGAGUUUUGGGAAAUCCUUUAUUAGGGCACAUGGGAUCAAUGUGUUGAUGCUAAGCUGAUGUUAAAGUACACGAUUACACAAAAGAAAACUGCUUUUAUGCUAUCUGAAAUCACAAGAAUCAGAAAAGAUUUAGUAAAAUUCAUUCCUUUCUCUUUCUUUCUCAUCGUCCCUGGGGCAGAGUUGCUUUUGCCUCCUUACUUGUACUUGUUUCCUAAUGCAUUUCCUACUACCUAUUUAUUUGAUGAUCAACUGGCGAAGAGAUAUAUUACAAGAGAUAGAAAACAAAUGAAUUCUUAUAGAUAUCUAUUUCAAUUGAUGAAACAACGCAUUCCUUCAAUUGAAAACAUAAGAAACAAUCAAGAUUACAAUGCUAAGGGUUUGUAGGAACUCGUUUUAAAGCACUCUCAUCUCUUCAUGACAAAAUUGGAUUACAGAGAAUUUAAUUCAGAACAAUUGGUGCACUUAUGCAAAUUUUUAGGGAUGGAGUUUUUCAGAGGAACCUACACCAUUAUGAAACUCACUAAACUUUUUGUUAAUCUCCCGGUUUAUUUCACUAAUCUCUUUUAUUGGCUAACGAGAAAUCCAGAAAGAAGACCUUUAAACAGUGUUCUAAAAAAUUGGAAUUCACUCCUUCCUUUUCCACUUGAGGAUUUAAAAAAAUCUUUGCUUUUAUGGUAAAUCAAAUCACAUCUCAAAAAAAUGGAAAGACAAGACAAGGCAUUUAGAUUAAAUGGAUUUGGAGAUAAUAAGUUUGAAAGUAUAAGGUAAUUUGCAAGGGAAAGAGGCAUUCCAGCAUUAGUUAUGCAGAAAGAGAACCCUGAAUAAGAUUUUGAAUACUCUAAAAAGCAAUUCAAAAGAGACUACAUUGAUUUCAUACAUAAAGAGUAAGUUUUUGAAAAUCUUAAAAUUUGGUAUGCUGUUCUCUACUAUGAGAGAUAUCAUAAUAGAAUGGUCGAAGAUUAUGAAGAAAGAGUCAGAAAAUAUUUACUACAUUGA